UUAGAAAUUUACCUCCUAGAAAUCUUGACAUAACGGAAAUGCGUAUGUUAGAAAUCGUUAGGGGAUAGACUUUGUGAAACUCGCGAUCUUUUCCAUUUGAAGAUUUUAGGGCCUGAGCGAUCGAAUACAGUCCUCUUUAUCAGAAGAUUUAUCUCCAUUGCGUGACCAGAUCUUCUUUGUAUUACAACAUUUUCCUAAACAUUUAUUGGCAAUUAUUUUAACCAUAGAAAGCUACCACGGGGUAUCUGCCUUUGAACAAUCUCGAAAUCAAUUCGUUGCUAACACGUAUAUAUCUAUACUAGGUAGCAACUAAUAUCUCGAAUUAUCACCAUUCCCACUCUUUGUGUUACUAGAAUUUCCUAAAUGCUGAGACUUUCCAUGUUUAUUGGAGAUAAUAUAAUUAUAAUAUUAUUCAAUCAUAAACCAUGGAAAGUUAAGUAUCUGUCUAUCACAUUGCUAUCUAUACUAGGUAACAACUGAUAUCAGUUAAUACGUAUCACACUUGCGUAUCAGAAAGACAGAUUAAAGACAGUACGAUGAUUGACGUUAGAACGAUAUUAACCUAUAGCUUAAGUUACACGUGGCUUAAAUAUAAAUGCGUCGAUUUAUUCGUAAUGGCACGGUGUCGUUGUUCUUUUGCAUUGUUUCCGCCAAUGUUUCCGAUCUUUCCAUAGUUUCGCAUUUAUCAUACCCAUCACUGAAAAUCCCACGAAUCUGCUAAUUGUGAGAAAAAUACCAAAAAUUGAUAGAAGUGUGAAUCGAGCGUCGAGGCAAAUCGUCGAGAGAGUGUUUACGAAGACAGGAAGAGUCGAUAGCGAACACGAUAGAUUGUCAAAUCGAGGGGGGCAAGAGACGUCGUGUGUCGACCUCUGAGGUCGAGCUUCUCUCGCUUUCCUCCAUUUGUCAGUUUACCAGCCAAACCUGAUUCAAUCACCAGUGAGUGCGUUGGUUGUUUCGGUUAUUUCACGGGAUAUAUACAACAGAGGUGAAGAAGACAUGAGCUCUAGGAAGUCGAGAAGAGACUCGGAUGCUCUGCUGUCCAAGUUCGGGCACAAGGAGCUGCUGUUCAAGUUUCUGGUGAUCGGUGACUAUGGCGUCGAGUAGCUGCAGCUUUGGUUUUCGAUAUCUCGCGAAUAGCGACGUUCCAAUCGAUCAAAAAAUGGCUGUGCGAUCUAAGGGAGAAGGUUACGUUUCCAGACGGUUCGAACAUACCUGUAGUUCUCUUGGCGAACAAAUGCGAUAUUCCUUUCCCGGUAGUGCCCGUUGAACAGAUCGCCAAGUUUUGUAAAGAGAAUGACAUUGGUGCUUGGUAUAUAACAUCUGCGAAAGAAAAUACGAACGUUGAUGUGGCGAUGCGUUAUCUCGUGGAAAACGUGCUGAAAAGUAAACUGGACGGAGGAAUUCGUGAUUCUGUCCGAUUACGAGACAAGCCAAUGAUCUGUGAAAAGAGUGGAUGUUGCAAAUCGUAAUUGUAGUUUGAAAGUGUCAAACAAGUUAUCCGUAUCAUUUAUUCUGCUGCAAUAAUGCACAUCCGAAAGAUUUAGUUUUUAUAUUUGAUUUUAAUUUAUCCGCGAUGCAUAUGUUUUAAUAUGUAAUUUGUACGUCUACGUUAAUCACGUUACAAAUAUGCACAACAAUUAGAAUGCUCUUAAAUAUAUCAGAUAUUAAAUCUUAGGAAUAUGUUAAAUGUGUUUAUAAUAUAUAUUAUAUGUUAUUAUAUGUUAUUAUAUAUAUUAGUGUAUUUAUUUUAAAAUAAAUGCAUAAUGAAUUUUUACGACGAUUUACAGAGUUUUUAUUUCAUCUCAUGAAAUAAACAAUUGUAUUUAUAUAUUUUUAAAGAAACAAGAUUAAACGCUUACAGGGAGGAAAAUAGAAAUAAUGGGUUAAAAUGAUAAAAUUUCAAUUUAUUUAAUUUGUACUUUGAUAACUUUUCAACAUUAUUUCCGUUCGUCACUUAAUCGAGAAUAUUAAAUAAAUAUAAAGAAAAUUCAUGGCAUUAAAUUGGAUAAAAUUCAUUGUCUUCAAAAUUCAUAAUUGUAUCCUUAACAUAGUUUUACAUUGUGGUAACGAUUUAACGAAAUUAAUACGUAAUUUUUAUGUACAAGUAUAUUUACGUGUUAUCUUUGGUAAAAACUCGACGCUUGAUUGUCUGUGUUAAAAAUUAAAUACACAUAGUAUUUUUUUCAUCUUAACUUUUAUAAUAUCUAAUUUUUUAAUAGACAAAUAACUUAUAAUUUUAUUAUACAAUACUACUUAUGUUUUAUUAUGAGCUAAUCUAUUAUAGAUAAAUCUAAUAACAGCACUGUUAUGUCUUUGUUUAUUUUUUGAUUUUCUUCGAUUUACUUAACAAAUUCUAAAUAAUUAUACUGUUUUCAGAUCUCUUUUCUAUUUACAUAUUCUCUCUCAAUGAUCAUUUUCUUUUUCAUGGUAUAUUCUUAUAUUCUUAAUUGUAAAAUACAAGUGUUUCAUAAUAUUAAUGUGUGAAAGUUCUUUUAAUCAUGAUUUCAAUAAUGAAUAGUUAAAACUUUGAUUAUCAGAAUAAAUAUAUGAUAAAUUAUAUGGGAAUAUUAUACAAUCAUUGUAGGAAACAUUGA